AUGUUCAAGUUUGAUUUCGAUCUAGACUCAUUAACUGAUACGGACAAACAUGAAGGAAGUUCAUCUGAUCAAACAAACCAAAACCUCAACUUGAACUCAUCAAACAAACCAAUCAAGACUCCAACCGAACCUAUUCCAGAAAGUUCAACAGACAGAUCUGGUGAAAUCAAACUAGAAGAACUCAUUACCAGUUUACCUCCUUUUUUGUCUUACUCAUCAAUCAAAAUCAAGACUAUUCCAACCGAUUCUACAAAAUCGAUUUGGAAACGAGAUCUAUAUGAUGCAAAAUACCAAACUUAUCUAGAUCCUGAAACCCAAUCAGAUUCAAGUACAGAAGAAGAAGAAGAAGAUCAACAAAAGAAGAAGAAAAGGAUCGAUGAAAAAUCAAAUUUAAAUCCAAAAUCAAAUUUCAAGAGUAAUGGUUUGGUAGGUAAAUCAAAUGAUCAUGUACAAAACUUAUUAAAUGAUCCAUCUGAUUUGAUUCCAGGGGUUUAUGAAGGUGGAUUUAAAACAUGGGAAUCAAGUUUAGAUUUAAUUGAAUAUUUUUCUACUCAUCAAACUAAUUUAAAGUUUACAAAUCAUUUAAAACCAAAUCAAGAAAAUCAAAAUCAAGAAAAUCAAAAAGAAUUAAUCAAAGUUUUAGAAAUCGGUUGUGGAACUGCUUUACCAACGGUUUGGUUCUUGUUUAAAUUAUUUUACGAUUUAUUAUUAUAUGAAAAAUCCAACACAUUUGAUCAAAGAGAUCAACAGGAUAUACCUGAUCAUCAACCUAGGAUCGAAUUUCAUUUCCAAGAUUUCAAUCCAGAAGCCUUUUACCGAGCAAACCAACUAGUUUUAUCCCAAACCAACCCAACUUCAAGUACGAUAGAAGAAGACUCUGGAGAUCUAGAACUCACAACAGACCUACACACUCACUUUCUCAAAACCCUACAUCAGCACCAAAUCCAACUCCGAUUCUUCUACGGACCCUGGCACACCUUCUUACGUCAUCCACCUUCAUGCUCAAAGCUUUCAAUCCAAUACGAUCUAAGUUAUAGUUCAGAAACGAUUUAUUCACCUGAUUCGGUUUUAUCUUUAGUGGAUCUUUUUAAAAGGAUCGGUUCAUCUGAUCUCUUGGUGGCUUGUAAAUCCGUUUAUUUCGGUGUCGGUGGUAGUUCUUAUGAGUUUAUGAGACAUUGUCAAGAUCGGGGUGGGAAGGUUUGCACGGUUUGGUCAACUGAUCUUUUGGAUCGGUCUGAGGUAUUGGGUGUGGGUCGUUUGAUUAUGAAGGUGGAUUGGUCUGGUGUCAAUUAA